CGUUUUCGUGGACAGUCCGCGGAAGUUUAGAAAGUAGGGCGUGUCCACGGAAGUAUGAACGAUUUCGUGGACAGUCCGCGGCAGUUAUCUUCCCAAUAUGUUCGCUACUUGAGGUCAUUUACAGCUGAAGGUGCUUUGCGGAUCACUGGGAUCGUUCCGCCCGGAGAUUAUUUCAGAUGCGGUACAAGGUUCGUUACAACGGGAUUGAAGUAGUAGGAAUAGGAACGUUCUCAGUAGAGCACGGGGUUCAGGAGUACAGAUACGUACUACGCUUCACCGCUCCAACGUGCCGGAGCCCAGAAUACGAGUUGUUAAACUCUAGGGGUAGGCUCUUGCUUAUAGGACGCUCCUGCUAAUAGGAGGCUCUUGCUACAAGGAGGCUCUUGCUACUCUCCACGGCCAGAAAACGAGAUCGUCUAAUAUCGCGCUUCGAGUGGAGUUGUCUUGAGUUACAGUGGUAACCAAGAUUGCCACGUCAGCUUGCCACGUUGGCUUUGAAAAUGCUGCCGGUCGCGGACGUUCCGCUUGCGCCUACUGUAGAGCCCGCGGAUGAUCCCCCUGCGCGCAUCGCGCCCAGCGCGUACGAGUUGGGGAAUGACAGCCGCGGGAAGGAGAUGCUCCGCCACACGGACGAGCUUGCGCCGUUCCGCUGGUCCUCCAGGCUGACUGUGAAUCACCUGGAGAAUCGCCCAUGGCAUGCAGUGCACGCGUUCUAUGCCAGCCUGGCAGCUGGACACGUGGCACUUUCUGAUUUGUCCAGCAGGAGGCCUGCUGAUGAGCGGGUAGUAGCUGAAAAGGAAAGUGCACCUGCUACUUCGGUUACUAGUGAUGGCGUUGCUGGUAGUGCUGCUUCUGGUGCUGCUACCGCUGCUGCUACUUCUGCUGCUGCUGCUUCCGAUGCUGCUGGUGGGAAGAAGAUAGCAAAAGGGCGGAAGGAUGGAGAAUGGGAGGGUCGCAGCACCGUUCGGCUGGUGCUGGCGUACGAUGGGGGGGCGUUCCACGGGUAUCAGAGCCAGCAGGGAGCAGUCACCGUGCAGAGUACUUUGGAGUCCGCCUUGGCCCCUUUCUGCGCCCGCCACCCGAAGAAGGAGAAGGCGAGGGAGAAGGGGAAGGGAGGCACGAAGGCUUGGAAGGAGAGAAGGGACACGGCUGAACUGCGGAGAGCAGGGCAAACGGGAGCAGGGAAGGGAACAGGAGCAAGGGGGGACGAGGAGGGAGGAGAACAGGAGGGAGAAGAAAGGGCAGGGAGCCACGAAGGCGUGGAGAACGAGAGGAGGGGAAAGGCAGACUUAAGGACAGUGGAAAGUGGGCGAAAGGCUGGGCAAAAGUGGACAGGAAAAGCUGGGGGAAAGGGCGAAAUGAGAGCUGGAGGGGACGGGGGAGGAGGAGGGACAAGAGAAGGGGCAAGAGAAGGGGGAAGGGAAGGGGGAAGGGAAGGGGGAAGGGAAGGGGGGAGGGAAGGGGGAAGGGAAGGGGGAAGGGAAGGGGAAGGGAAGGGGGAAGGGAAGGGGGAAGGGAAGGGGGAAGGGAAGGGGGAAGAGACGGAGAAAGGGGAGAGGGGAAGGAAAAGGGCAGACAAGGGCGUGCAUGUAUCAGGGCAGGGAGGGAGUGAGAGGGAGCAGCGUAAGGGGGAAGAGAGCCAGUCAACAGAGAGUGGUGGGGUGCCGAGGGCAGCGGUGGUGGUGGCAGGGAGGACCGACAAGGGCGUGCAUGCUGCAGGGCAAGUGUGCGCCUUCCACACGUGGAUGGACCCCCUCGAUCUGACAGCUGUAGCUGCAGCCGUAGAUACAGCUGCAUCAAGGGAGGGCAGCCUGAGAGUCAUCAGCAUUUCAAAGGUCCCCCGCUCCUUUCACCCGCAAUUCUCUGCUCGCUGGCGGCGAUAUCUCUACCUGCUGCCCCUGCUGGAGUGGGAAGGAGGUUGCUCAGAAGUGAGGCACACCUUGAGCUUCAAGGCAAGGCUACCAGGAGAUUGCGGGGAAUCGGGUCAACCUCCAUCCCGCAAGGGGGGGAAAUCUGCACAAUGUUUGGGGCCGCUGGUCCAUGUGGUUUAUGGGACAACAACACCUUCUGUUGAGAAUGGGGGGAUGGUGUGUGGGGGGAUGGGGGAAAAAGGGGGGAUGGCGUGUGGAGGAGUGGCGGAGAGAGGAAGGAUGUUUUCUGGGAGUGGGUGCAGCCUUUCUGCAUGUCGUGAGAAGGCGUGUACGGUGAUACGAGAUCCGUUUGAUUCGACAUUUGCAGAGGGGGUGCCUACAUUGCCUUGCGAUUCACCUCUAGUGACGGUCGGAGGGAGACUUGCAGAGGAGGCUGAUAUGGGCCCAGGGGAAGCGGAUGCUGAUGGGGGGGGAGAUAGGAACGGAGGAGGUAGAAGGGAGGAGGGGGGAGGAGGCUGUCAUCAGCAUGUCGUGUCCAGCCGGAAUGGUGAUGUCGGUGUCCAAAGGGACGAUGCACGUGUGAUGGAAAAUUAUGAUAGCGAUAAGGAUGGUAGUGGGUGUGUUGACCGAAGGAUGGACACCCACAGCAUGAUCCCAGAGGGAAAGGAUUCGGAUGGCAUGCCGGGUCCUGAUCCUCUUGAGGCGCCUCAAUCGCUGCCGGAUCCCCAUGAUGGGUGCACUCCUUCUCAAGGCACAUGUGGUGCUGCAUGGAAGCCGGCAUGCAUGCAUGUGCCUCGCGUACACGCCAUGCUGCAUGCACUGGAGACCCAUGCCCGCUCCCAUGGCCUCACUUGCUACCGAGCGUUCGCCCGAGACACUCCAGCUGGCAGAGGCAGCGGAUCCGCUACAGUGUGCAACAUUCUCCGAGCAAGGGCGUUUGAAGCCUGCUUACCGGUUGCAACACGGUCGGCACAUGCAAGGGGAACUGCAUCAGGGCACACACUUCCAGGAGUGGCAGAACGAGCUUCAGAAACAGCAGCAACAGCAGCAGCAGCAGCAGCGGGAGAGGCACAAGACGGAGCCUCACCACACAUGGCAACAGGAGCCGCAGGAAUAGCAGCAGCAGCAGCAGCAGCAGCAGCAGCAGCAGCAGCAGCAGCAGCAGGAGCAGCGGGAACAUCAAAAGCAGCCGCAGCAGCAUCCACAGGGGUGCUAUGUGUGGAGCUGGUGGGAGACAGAUUCCUGCGCCGGAUGGUGCGAGUGCUGGUGGCUACGGCUGUGAGGGAGGCAGCAGCUGGGGGAGGUGUUGACUGCCUGCUGAGGCUGGCAGCGACAGGGGAGAGACGAUCCACUGCCCCUCCUGCUCCUGCUGCUGGGCUGUGCCUUGUGGACGUCGGCUACAGUGAUGUAUUACCACCGCCGCUAUAAUUUACAACCUAUGCCCCUGGACCCUGACCAAAGUUAGAUCGGGCCCGUGCAUUACCGAACUGAACCUCAUUGAAGCGCACAUUUCAGCGCUUGCACUGCAGUGUACCGCUCGAGUCUGGUCCAACUUUGUCUGAUCCCACUCUGUAUGAAUAUAUGAUAACAUACGCCAUGUCUGAUUUUAGCAAUAACAACAUUAAGCGAUG